AUGAAUUCCUGGUUAUCUAUACCCGUAAUACUCCUCCUACUAAUAAGUGGCACACAAUGUGCCAAAAUCCUAGCCGUCUUUCCCAUGGGAGCCCGAAGUCACCACAUCCUGGGCAGCACUCUAUUGAGAGGACUCGCUGAAAAGGGCCACGAUGUGACCAUGAUAAGUCCCUUCUCUGAGAAAACUCCACCCAAGAAUGGAUUCUACAGAGAUAUUGUUCUUACGGGUUUCAAAGAAGAGCACGAAAAUCAAUUGAAAACACUGAACUUGUUUGACAUGGGUGAAGCAAAUAUUCUCCUAAUGAUACCAAUUUUAUCCAAAAUGAUGAUAGAUCUGGCCGAACGUACACUCAGCCAACCAGAUGUGCAAAAGUUGAUACACUCUGGAGAAAAAUUCGAUGUUGUUAUAGUUGAGCAGUUCAUGAACGAGGCCCACAAGGGAUUUGCGAAGCAUUUUAACGCUCCUUUGGUCCUUUUUAGUACCAUUGGAGCUAGUUCUUGGGUUAACCCGCUGGUGGGUAACCCCACAAUGCUGUCUUAUGCUUCUGAGCCCUCACAAGCGUUUGGUAGUAAUAUGACGUUAUAUGAAAGAUACAUUAAUGCGUUCACGUACAGUUACUGUCAAUUGAUAAAUCAUCUGUAUGUUUUUCCACAACAAGAUAAACUAUUGAAGAAGUACUUUCCCAACAAAAUGGAUCUCGCCGAUGUUAUGUACAGCGCAUCCUCUUGACACUGCAGUGUAUUGGGUUGAGUAUGUUAUCCGACAUGGAGGAGCUCCUCACUUGCGGAUAGCGCGGAUUGAUUUGUCUUGGUAUCAGUAUUUCCUGUUGGACGUUAUUUUAAUUUUUUCAGUGACGAGUGUGAUUGUGUUAUAUA